CAAAACCAGUUUUAAUGUAUAUCCGUCUCAGUCUCGUCUCUCUCGCCAAUUUCGGAAAUUCUCGACUGUAGAAUCCAACAGAGUUCAUAAAUCACAAUCAAUUCGCACAGAGUGCAUGUGUAUUUAAAGUAACUGCAAAAACUUUUUAUUAGUGAGAACCAUUUCGUUUUAAGUUUCCGUCUGAGCAGCAGCAGAAAUUUCAGUUGAUUGUAAAAGUGUUUCUUUAUCUCGAAUUGUUGUUAAAAAUGUUUUCGUUGAAAUUGUCACUCUGUUUCGUAGCUCUUGCACUGGUGCAAAUUGCAUCGGGCCGAUUUGAAAAUGAAUCGACUCGUCAAAAGUUCGUAGCAGAUCUAACAAGAAGCCUAUCCAACGCACUGCUGACGAACCAUGGACGUGUCAAUUUCGAUGAAUUCCGAAAUGUUUUGGUUCGCUACGAAUUCGAUUGCAAGCAGCACGCUUUGAAUAAGGUCACCCAGUCGGAUUACAAAGACAAAAAGGGCAGAAGCGACACGAUCGAAAAGUUCUAUGCCAACAAUCGCUACAACAGUUUCGAGAAUCAGGAAACCUUCAAAUUCAAGAAACCCGACGCCCAAGAUGAAGCCAUUCAGAAGAAGAGUUCUGAUGUGGCCAAGCAAACCGUUAGAUUGUGUGCAAAUAUGGAAGCGAUUAGCGCAGGAAGUCAACCGAACAUUCAGUGAUUGAGUUAAAUUCGUUAAAUUAGAUUUAAUUCGAUUUUAUGAAAUAGAACGCAUUUUGUAGUCGCAUUCCAAUUAUAUUCACUAAAAUAUUUUACUUUCUGCAAGC